GGUUCGGUCCUAUCGACAGCUCCGAUUCUCUCAUCAGUGAGUUGUACUACAACAGCAUCAAACUGGAAAACAAACGUGCACUCGCGAUUUUAAUAAGCGAUAAUCACAAUGAAGGAGCCAAUAUCUGUGAGCAAAGCAACUUGAAGAGAAAGAGGCCAGUGUGAGUGUGUGACUGUAUGUCUGUGUACACAUAUGUAUGUGGAUGAGCUUGCAUAGGCCAUGUCUGUCCCCACAAAACAAGAGAGGACAGUAUGUGUCCUCCUUCCCACAAAGGAGACACUGGACAUCACAGUGGGGUUGAAAGCAACAGGUCAAGAUGUGUUUCACCGUGUCUGUGAGCUUCUCGGGGUUAAAGAGUUGCACUACUUUGGAUUGACUUUAGUCAAAGACAAUGAGUACAUCUUUCUGGACCUGGAAGAGAAACUUGCCAAGUACUUCCCGAAGGAAUGGAAACAGGACUCAGGGAAGCAGGGGUCACAGAGGAGGUCAAUCCCUCCCCUGCUCUGUCUGAAGGUCCAGUACUAUGUGGAGAACGGCAGACUUCUCUGUGAGCGUAAAGCAAGAAAAUUGUACUACUAUGAUCUGCGGGAACGUGUCCUGCGCUCAGAAUGCAGACAGCAGGAGGAAGUGUAUUUCCAGCUGGCAGGAUACGCCCUGCAGGCCGAUCACUCUGACCACCGCUCAGACGGCCACAGUCGGGGACACGCUGCGUAUUUCCAACCCAAAGAAUACUUUCCACCCUGGAUAAUUGCGAAGCGUGGCAUUGACUACCUGCUGUGUCACGGGCCCAAGGUUCAUAAAGAGCUGUGGGGGAUGUCCUCACGUGACGCCAUCCUGCUCUUUAUCAGAGAAUCUUGCCGUCUGGAGGAUGUCCCAGUCACCUUUUAUCGCCUACAAAAGGACAAGAAAGAAGAGAAAGGUUCAGCACUCCUUGGACUCACUCUGCGAGGAAUGCAAGUGUAUCAGGAGGUGAACAAUGUGCGUGAUCUGCUGUAUGACUUCCCCUGGUUUCACGUGGGACGACUCACUUUUCUGGGGAAGAAGUUUGAGAUCCAGCCGGAUGGUUUGCCCUCUGCGAGGAAGCUGGUGUAUUACACGGGUUCAGCCUUUCGUUCCCGACAUCUUCUGCUGCAUUUAAGUUCCUGUCACAGAUUGUACCUCAGUUUGCAACCUGCACUCAAACACCUGCGGCAACUUGAGGACUCAGAGGAGAAGAAGAGGUACCGUGAAUCGUACAUUAGUGAUGAGCUCGACCUGGAUCAGCCAUGCAGCGAGGGCAGUCCCCGUCUGUCUAGACACUCCACCAGCAGCUCUGGCAUUGUGGCAGACGCCAGGCAAGUCUCCACAGAGAUGGUUUCUAUGGUGGAGAAGGAAAAGCCCUUCAUCUCCGCUGUCAGUCAUGGCUCCUCACAAACCUUUGGCAUUGACACCAGCAGCAAAGCUCAGACUGAUGAAGAUGAGUGGCAGGAGGAAGGUGAGGUUCAAACACUUUAGUGAUAUUUGGUAUAA